GAUUUAUUAGUAAGCCAAAUUGAGGUUUCACAUUUUCGUUUUUUAUAUUUCAUAUACUUAAUAUGAACUUCUAUCGAAAAUUUUGAAUUUUAUAAGUAUAUUUUUUAUUAUCGGCUGGUGUGAAAUCGAUAAUUAUACCAAUAAUUUCACCAUGCGAAAAUCUAUAUGAAUACACUUUCAGCGAUAUACAAGCCCUUAAAGUUUUCUAAAAAUAAAAGGUAUGACAUUUUAUAUUUAGAUUCAUAAACUACAAGCAACUUCGUUGAAAGCAAUAUAUCAAAGCUAGGAAGUGAAAAAAAGAAAUUAUACACAAAAUGAAAAAUAGAUUUUCAAAGGAGCUAAUCUUAACAAUUGCGAUUUUACAAUUCGUAACACCUAUAAAAUUAAGUCAACAAUAUUCCGAAGGCGAAAAUUUUUCGAUCACAGAUAGGCAUAAAAUACCCGACGAUAAUAUUUCAUAUAUGUUUUACAAAUCAGCACAGGAUGCAAAUGAAGCUAAAAACAAACUACAGAAUGUAUUACGAAAUUUCGUAGAAAUUGUGCAAAAAAACUUAACAACUUCAGUUAUCUUAAAAUCUUUCUACAAUGAAUUACAUGUAGAGAGGUCACAGCAAAAAUUUCAGAAAUUGUCUGACCAUACAGAGUUUUUUAAAAUUGUUUCGCAUGAUUUAAAAGAGUUCUCGCUAAAGUCCGAAAUAUUUUUGCAAACAAGCAAGAAUGAAAGCAACGCAUUUUUAAUGAAACUUCGACGCAUCCCUACAAGACAAAGAACAUUAUCGUCCCAUGAUAAGUUACAGUUAACCAAUUACUUUGCGGAAAUGGAAUUUUUUAAUAUUAUGUUGUUUGAAAUAAUUGAUGAAGGGUUGGAAUAUAUAACCAAUGCUUUAAAUAUAAUACGAAUGAUAUUUGAUAAAUAUACAGACAUCCAGCAACAAAAUUUACAAUAUCAGAAUUUUAUAUUUGAUAACUGGUGUUACAAUAGAUAUUUUGAAUUUUUGCAAAAAUGGUCUAUUCAGAUAUAUACCUGUGCCACGAAUUCAAGAUUGGAAGCAGUGUACAAUGUGUUUGCUAUGACAGAAAUUGCUAUUAAACAUAUUAUAAGACAACAGGAAUUUAAAGUGCAGCGUAUAUUUAAUUGUUUCCUUUUCCCCGGGUGCAAUAUUAAGUGUAAUUUUUUACGUUACGCCGAGAAUGAUUUUCAAGAGUUGUUCACUAUUGUACAAGACUUACAAACAUAUUACGAUAUACAAAUAAAUCGUGGACGAGUAAAAUCAAGAAGAAUUGAACGAAGUGAGGAAAUUUUACAUUUAAAUGAUUUAGAAGUUAUUGACUCAACGGAACAAUGCAUUCCUUAUGGUUUUCCGGAAAAUUAUAUGUUAAGUAAUCUGAAAUUGUGCUUCAAUAUUUAUUAAAAAAAAAUAAUUGAUAGAAAGUAACUUUAU